CAGCAAGCUGUUAUCAGUUCUGUCGUUCAGUUAUUUAUUGUCCCGCUGUAAGCCGGCGAAAGGUCUUCCCACAAAGAGAAGAUGGCUAACACUGGACUGACAAUGUUAACCGCGAUUUUAAUACUGUCUGCUUGUGGAUUCCUUGAUGUGUGUGCACAAGGUUUCUGUCCUGAAAACUGGGUCCAUUGGGAGGAAUCAUGUUAUGCCUUCGUGGACGACUUAACCUCUUGGACAGCAGCAAAGACGAUUUGCCUCAGCCUCAAAGCGGAUCUCGUGCAGAUUGAGUCAGCAGAGGAAAACACUUUCCUGACACAAAUCGUACAACAGCGCAAAGCUGUCGGUGUCUGGAUUGGCCUGGACGACUUUGUUCAGGAAGGCCGGUGGGUGCUGUCCAGCAGCCAAGAAGUUCCGCCGUUAUGUCAACUGGGGUCCCGGGGAACCCAACAACUGGCGGGCUGGUAACGACGAUCAGGACUGUGGUGUCCUCCGGCCCACUGGAUUUUGGGAUGAUGAAUACUGCAGCGGCAGUCGACAACACCUGCAAAACCUCAUUUGUGAGACUAGUGCCAGAGAAGAACCAGUCAUCGGAUAAGAAAACAGACUGUGUGGAUGUACCUUGGUUUUCGGCUUGUAACUGUGCAGCAGUGAACUGACUGUGUGAACGUUGUGCGUUUGGCAUAAAACUGUGAUGACGACGACGACGAUGACGAUGACGAUGACGAUGACGACGACGACGACGAUGAUGAUGUCGUGUUUUAAUUUAUAAAAGAAAAAAAUUUUAAAUAUUGCUACAUCACGAAAACUAUAUUUGUAAAUACAACUGUAUGUUGCCUACGUUCGUGGUAUCUUUUUCUAAAAUAAACACCUUUGACACCAUAUCUUGUAAAA